CGUGGAGGUCAGUUACUUCGGAUAGUCUGCGAUUUCUGUUUUGGAGACAAGUCCUUAAUUGAAGGUAGCAGCAGAAGGGACUUGACUGUGCAAGUCUUCCUAAGAUGAUCCUGCUAGGGUGGGGGGCCAGUGUUUGGCUAAAUGGUCUGGUGUUUCUCCUGCUUUGUAGCAAGAUCCCUGCAGAGAGAUGCCAAGGGGGUCAUUCUUGUACAGGCAGCCAGCCAGACAAUGAGCAGCAGAGGCCAUGUGUGGGUCCAAGGUGCACUGCAAGGACAAGUAGGACCUCCAGGUCUCACCAGCAUAUGGCCACCAACAAUGGAUACAUGCAGCCUAUUAGAGCACUUCUGCAGACCUCUGGUUCCUUGGGUGAAGACUCUGUUGGGUCUACUGACACAUGGGGUGGGCAACAGCAGGGGAACAGUAACAGCACUAGAGAUUGCAAAGGUAUUGAGUGCAAAUUGCCCUUGCGGAUGCGGUUGAAGUCCAGAAGUCGUGCUGCCUGCGUUGGUGAAGGUUGCCCCUUGGUGGAAGGACAAAGCUUAGUGCGUUUAUCAGACAGGGCAGCACAGUUCAUUGGUGAGGUUCCAGAUCACCAGUACUCUGAACUGGGAGGUGCACCAUUGGGAGUACAGCUCACCUGUGAUAUCAAACCAGGAGAAAAUGAAGUACCCUCAGAAGACGCGCUAAUUCUUCAGCUGCAACUCACAAAAGGCCAAGAGAAAUUUGUAGAAUCACUUAAGAAUCAACAAAAGACAAUCACAGAAUUGCAGCAAAAACUAUCGGAACAGCAAAACCUACUAGUUAGCCAACAGAGAGAAAUUAUUGAUCAGCAGCGGAAAAUGUAUGAGCAAAUGGACAUGAUUAAGGUGCAAUAUAGCAUUCUGUUUGAUACGGUGAAACAAAUGUCUUUCCAGAGCUUGCAGGAAGACAUUCAACAUUACUUUGAAGCACAUCUCCAAGGACUCCAGAGUCAGGUCAGAAAUCAUCUCCAGAAGACGUAUUCUGUGCACAAGGUGGAUGUAGAUACGAAAGUGAUUGAUGUCAGAGAACCAGAGCUGACUUGUGGCUUAUGUCAAACUGAUGAAUUUUGCAGUUUUCAAAAGACACCCCCUCAAUGUGAAAAAUGCACAUUGUGUCCUGCUGGAUUUUUUCAGUUGUCUGAAUGUUCUGAAAACAUUGAUCGGAUUUGUCAGGACAGAGAUGAAUGCAUGGAUGCACCUACUAUAUGUGGCGAGAGAAUUAAAUGCUUAAAUACUCCAGGUGGAUUCAGGUGUCUUGGAGUUGCAGAGAAAGAUGCUGCUUUAGGACUCUGCGGUGCCCAGUAUUUUUUUAAUAAGGAGUUACAAGAAUGCCAGGCAUGUUCGGAGUGUGAGGAAGGAGUGGUGGCCUUCCAAUGUACAGCGGAUAGUGAUACCGUCUGCACAGCAGCAAGUGAGAGCAAACUUUCAGAAUCUUGCUCGGCUGGUAUUUCUCUACCAUUAGCUAAAAUGGCAAACUCACAAAUAUAUCCUGGAUUAAACCUCAAAAUCAAGGAGACGUUGCAGUGCGAUAUUUUGUCACCCAAUGAAAACCAAAUGAUAUUCAAGCAGCAUGGUUUACUAUGGACCGACAUUAAUUUUGCAGUAAAGCACAGCUGUAGAAAUUUUCUGCAGCUCUCCUUAAAGCUCAACAACAGUGAAGAAGGGUAUGAGCUAAGUGGCUCACGUAUCGAACAACCAGAAGGAAAAUAUUUCCAGAGUAUCAGUAUAAGCUGUGCAGCAGAGGUGGAGCCAAGCCAAACGUUAUCAGUGUUUCUUAAAAGUCCUAACCAUUUCUGCAAUCAGAGUAAAGACCUACACAUUUAUGACUUGAUCACCCCAUUGAGCAUGUUUUGGUUAUCUCAUGAUACUGGUGCAGUAGCCAUGAAUGCUCAAAUGUCCACCGCUUUACAUUACCAAACAAAUUACAGACCUUCCUUCAAAAUUAUAACUGUGUCUGAUCCCUACAUGAUCAGCUUGUCCCAUGAUGGAAGAAGCAUUAAAUUUACUGAAUCUGGUGUCGUCAAGUUUGCUUUUCAGCAAGCACUCUACUCAAUGGGGCCAACAUGUGUCCGUGAAGGAUUUUCAUUAAUUUCAUCCAUAAAUCGCAAUGGAUCUAAUUCCGAGGUUAUCCAGGUAUUUAAAUCUGGAGUGAACUACAGGGACACAUCAAUAUCUGCUUCAGGGGCAGCAAAAGUAAAUGGUGGUGAUGUGAUAAGCUUCGAGAUAUUGUCUCCAGCACAGUGCAAUGUUCGUUAUUUUGGAGAAAAUUCUGGCAUUAGCACCUUGAGUCUCAUAUGGAUCCCUACAGCAAUUUCCACUGCUAUCACAGCCUCAGUUUCUAGUUCAGGAUUACCUACUGGAGCAGUAAGAAAUAAGCUCUUGAGCUUUCGUCAAGAUUCAUCAAAUGAUAAAACGAUCCAACUUGUUACUUCUGGACCAUUUGCCCAGAAAACGUUCAUGUUCACUGAAAAGGGUGCGGCUAGUAUUUCAUUCAACUUGAAAUUAAUCCACUCGUGCAAUAUUAUUAAACUGACCCUAAAUAAAUAUGAAAGUGACCAAGGGCCGCCAACAGUAGUAGCUCAGCAAAUUGGUGGCCAGAUGCCAGAAGGUAGUUUGUGGAUUAGCAUUUCACUUCGUUCUUCUUUUGAUGUUCAGAAUGGAACAAAGAUAUCUAUUUCCUUGGAUUGUGUGCGUGGAAGAGUCAACCAGAUUGCUCACGAUCAUGGAACUAAUUUGUCAAUCUUGUGGGUUUCAUCUUAAAGUUCUUAAAACAUGACUUUAUAGUGGACUACGUGCAAUGGCAGCCUGAACUUUUACGAUUUGAACAUUGGCUUUAAUGUAAGAAAAGUAUUUGGAAUUAACAAAGUAGCAGCAUUUGCCACUUGUGACAAUUUUAGAAUUUAAUAUGUGCAAGCAAUCUAAGACAUUAGUGACUAUUAAUAACACAGUGGAAUCCCCGAAUUUUACAAUUUUCUUCAAUGCAUAAUUCUGCAUAAUUCAGCAUAAUUCAGCAUUAUUCACUGACCCGUCGCUGCACAAUUACAUUUUCAAUUUUUAUGAUGAAAUUAAAGUUUGUGUCAACUGGCAAAGACCUCUACAGUAUGGUGAUCAUGGACAAGACAUCAUUGAGAGGCACUCCCCUUCAUUUCACAGAAAUUUCAGAAUGGGUCUGAGACAUCAAUCAAUUCUAGCCACCCUCCUAAAUAAAUCCAUGAAGUGAUCUCAUGACGGUGAUUACACAAUGCAGCUGUAGAAACUAUUAUUAAAAUAGCAUGUUUUUAGUAAAGAGAAAUGGUUUCUGUUCACUUUUUGAAGAGGAAUUAAAUGAACACCAGGCCUACAAAGCUGUUUUGAUGGCCCAACAUUUUUUUUCCUAUGCGUUCCAUCGAUAUGUUGAUCUAAUUAUUCAUUUCUUUGAAAGGGAAACUUUAUAAUACUUUUGACAAAUAAACUAGCGCAUUAUGAACAUUUUUUAGAAAUUUACCUUAAAGGGAUACUGUAGGCACCAAAACAACUUUAGCUAAAUAAAGCAGUUUUGGUGUAUAGAUCAUGUCCCUGUAGUCUCAUUGCUCACUUCUCUGCCAAUUGUCUUUUGAAGUGUAGUUCAA